GUUGCGUUGCCCGAGGUGGUUAAAAUCCAAUAACUCACAAGAUAGAUAAUUAAUUUUAUUUCAUACUGCAUGAAAUAUAAAAACCAAAUUGUUUUGGUUUUCAGAACAAAACGAAUUAUCUUUAUUAAGAAUUAAGUAGGCAUGGUUGCCAUGGAAAUGUCACUGACAACAUUGUAGAUAUUUGUCAUAUCGUGUUUCUCAUCAUAUUCAAAUUUGUGAAAAUGAAUGCAAACUCAGAGAGAAUUGAGAUUUCAAGAGAUUUGUUGGAAAAGGCUGAAAAAGCUCGUUCCGUACUACUACCGACAAAGUCGAAACUUAAGUACAAAAAGGAAUAUGACAAAUUUCUGCAGUGGAUGAAAGUUAACCGUAUGGAUAGUAAAAACACGAGUGAAACUGUAAUGUUGGCGUAUUUUCAAGAGAUGUCUGAAUUGUAUAGUCCUAAUUCGCUGUGGACUAAGUGGUCAAUGCUAAAAUUGAUGAUGAGAAUACAUGAUGACAUAGAUGGAAGUAAAUUUGACGAAUUGGAAGCGUUUCUCAAACGCAAAAGUAAAGGCUAUGAGCCAAAAAAGUCUCAAGUGUUUAGUCGGGAAGAUAUUGUCAAAUUUUUGAAGAAUGCGUCUGAUCAAGAAUACUUACUUCAUAAGGCAUGUAAUGCAAACUGUAACGAUUGCACAUUUAUUGUUCUGUUUCACAGGUAGUUUUGAUUAUGGGUUAUUUCGGGGGCUGUAGAUGUCAAGAACUUUUGAAUAUGAAAAUUAAUCACAUCGAAG